CGAGGAUGAGGAGGAUUCUGUAGCAUUUCCCCUACAUAAUCCGUCGCCGUCUGUCGCCGUCUGUCGCUAUUUGUCGCCAUUAAUCGCUCAACGGCUCUCAUCGCGCGAGUGUGUAUGUCACUAUUCGCCGCCCCCAUCGCCCGCCCCCCACCGCUCCCCUUCUCCCCACCCACUGCCCCUCCCUUCCGCUUCCCCUUUCGCCUCCGCCAAUCCCCGCUCCUUCCCACCUUCCGCGUCUCCCCCUCCGCGCAUCUAACCUUCCGCGCGUGGCAGCCGUUUCCCCCUAUCCCCCCCCCUUCCGCCGCCUCUCUCGUGGGCGCAAUCCGCAUUUCCCCAUCUGCCCCGUUUGGCGCAUUCCGCUCGUGUCAGACCCGCCUCUCCGCUGCCGCGGAAGCAGGGAACGCAGGGGAAGCGGAAAGCGCGUGCGAAUCAGUUGCUUGGGUGGAGCAGGAGAUCGAGGGGAGGCAUAGUGAAGAAGGAAGAGGGGAGAGAGGGGGUACAGGGUUUAGGGGAGAGGGGGGCGCAGAGGGCAGCGAGGAGGGGGGAGAAGGGGAAAGCUGGGCGGAGGCUGAGGAGGAAGAAGGGGGAGAGGAGGGGGAAGAGGGGGAAGGCGGAGAGGCGAGAGCGCGAAUGGCGGCAACAGAGGAGUCGGUGGGCAUAAGCUGCUACGCCAACGAUCUGCCGGGCAUACAUGGCGUGCUGAAGCAGAGGUUCGCCGACUUCAUAGUGAACGAGGUGGCGCCGGACGGCACGGUGGUGCAUCUCACCCACCUGCACCUGUCCCCGGCCCUGCUGGCGCAAGAGCAGCAGCAGCAGGCGCUGGCGCGCAGGAGGGAGGCGGAGAGCCUGGGGGAGGUGGUGGACGCGGGGGCGCUGGUGGCGCAGUUCCGCCAGGCGCUGGGGGGAAGGGGCGGGGCGGUUGGGGAGAGGGAGGGGGGAGGGGGGUUGCGCGACGAGGAAGAUGCCCGGAAGCUGCAGCAGUUGCUGGAGGGGAUUAGGGGGAUUCAGCUGUGGUGGAGGGCGAGAAAGGGAGGAGAGGAGGGGGGAGGGGGCGAAGGAGAGGGAGCAGGAGGAGGCGAGGGAGAUGGGGGGGACAGGGAGGAGGGAAGCAAACAGGGAGGGGAGGGAGCGUUGGGAGAAGGAGAGGCGGAGGGCAAAGGGCUGCCUCCCGCUAUGCCUGAGCCGGUGGUGUUUGCUGCCAGCGCUGACAAGGCAUACCGUGCUGCCAUGCACGCGUUCUUCAAGGCCUUCCCCUUCCUCGUCUCCGACACCAUUGACGCCGUGGAGGGCCCACCCUACCGCUGCGUGCGCCUGCGCUUCCUCCCCCCGCCCGCCCUCAACCUUGGGGGGGCAGCGGGAAGAGGCGCAGCAGGGAAUGGGGCGCAGAGGGCAAGGAGGGAUGGUGAUGGUGGUGGUGAGGGUGCUUCAAAGGAUAGAGAUGGGGCGGAUGAUAGGGGUGGUGGGGAGGGGGAGGAGGAGGAGAACGAGCAGCCAGCGUUUGACAGGAGGGGGAGGAAGGGGGCGGAUGGAGUGCCGGCUACUGCCACCCGCAGAUUCCUCAUGUUCCACGUGCUGAAGGAGAACAAGGACACCAACGAGGCCAUGGCGCUCGUGGCUCGGUACCUGGGCGUGCAGACCAAGGCGCUGGGGUUCUCAGGCACCAAGGACAAGCGCGCGGUCACGGUGCAGCGAGUCACGGUGUGCAACCAGACGGCGCGCAAGGUGGCGUCGCUCAAUUCUAAGCUGUUUGGCAUCCGCGUGGGCGACUACCGCUUUGUGGACCAGCCGCUCGUGCUGGGGCAGCUGGCGGGGAACCGAUUCAUCGUCACCCUCAGGUCGGUGCAGGCGCCGAGUCUGGACGCCAUCACAGCAGCAGCGGAGGGCCUCCGCACGCACGGCAUCAUCAACUACUUCGGCCUGCAGUGCAGAGGUUUGGAGUGGGCCCAGUGGCCACACACGCGGUGGGGGCGGCGCUGCUGAGGGGCGACUGGCAGGGCGCAGUGGACCUCAUUCUCAAGCCCAGAGACGGGGAUAUCCUUGCUCCUCCCAUGCCCUGCUCCUCCCAUGCCCUGCUCCUCCCAUGCCCUGCUCCUCCCAUGCCCUGCUCCUCCC